AGAAUGCGACUCAGAUGUGCAGGUUGGUGUCGGUAUUGAUGUCGUUUUCGCAAUCUGGGUGAGUCUAAAUCCUACCUGUUUAGUUUUCUCGACAACCCAUGUUCCAUAUUCUGAAGCUUACAUGGAUGGGAGCGGAACAUUGUUUCUGUAAAACUCCCAACUUUUUGUCACUUUAUAUCGUGGCCAUUUCACAGUCUAGGGGUGAAGGAUCUCAGUUGGUCUACAGGUUUUUGUUUUUUUCACUAGUCGAAGGUGAGAUCGAUUUGGUUGAGAGGGGAAGCUCUGAGUGGUGUUGCUCCGUGUGCACGUUACCUUGGUUGGAAGGAAUCCUCAACUGCAAGGAAGCUCGUUCUCGGUGAGCGGUUCAUGGUUGAAUGCAGCGUCACGGAUUUGUAAUUGGGAGGUUGCGUGUACCGACAGAAACCUAGGCUUGGAGACCAAUUCGCAAAGGAAUUGAAAAUGGUGAGAGGUGAAUAGAAGUCGCUAGUUAUAUAGUCAAGACGCUCAACCAUGGAGUAUUUUCGAGCCCCUGCUUAUGUCAAUCACUUCGACAACCUAGCUGCACAUAUUUGGACGCAAAAGAGUUCAGUGUCAUCCAGUGUCGUCCGGGUUGAGACCAAGGUCUGGGAGGGAGGACAGUGCGAGGUUGUGGGAGAAGGAAAUUAUACUUUUCGAGAAGAUGAGGAAGGCAUGGAAGGACAAGAAUGGGGCUCAACGCCUUCAAGCUCCAGGUCUCCUCAGCGGGAGUUUGAAGUGAAUGACCACGACCAUCAACUUGCAAUCGCUUUGGCUGAAGACAUCCUUGGAGUGGCUGUUGAAGAGGACCUUCUGGCAAAGCGCCUUAGUGAUCUCAAUCCAGAAAGUUUUGUGCCAAGAGUUAUUGCGGACAUUCCCUCCACAGACGCUUACAGUGCUAAGAACCGUUUGUUAGACAGAUUAAAAUAUCAUGGAUUGGCUGAGCGUCAAAUGGCAGGCGAUGGUAAUUGCCAGUUUCGGGCAUUGGCAGAUCAGUUGUAUGGGUCACCAGAUAAUUUUAGUUCAGUGAGGGCCGAUGUGGUUGAGCAGCUAUCGCAGGCACGUGACUCUUACACUAGCCACGUCCCAAUGGAAUUCGAUGAUUAUCUGAAAGUUAUGGCCAGUGACGGCGCGUGGGGCGAUCACGUUACAUUGCAAGCUGCUGCUGACAAGUAUGGAGUGAGAAUUAACCUGGUAACCUCCUUCGAAGAUCGCUAUUUCAUUGAGAUUAAACCUGCUCAACAGAGGUCAAACCGAGUUCUUUACCUUAGCUUUUGGUCUGAAUAUCACUAUAAUUCCAUUUAUCCUCUUGAAGAAUGCGCCCAAUUCACGGAGAAGAAAAAGAAGAAGAAAUGGUUCUCCAUGGAUUGAGCCAGGAUCUAACACUCUUUUGCUCUCAGGGAUCUUCAAACCUAUGUGACUUUCAAGUUUAUCACUCCUAUCGGCACAUACUCGAGCAUGCGGAACUGUGUGAAGCAGUAGCUUAUCUUUUUGGGUUCCUUGAUAUAUAUGCGUGAUUCCUAAAAUUUUCUUUUCUAUCAGUAGUGAUAGCUGGAUUUGGACCAAAAUGAUGCCUUUUGUACUGGUAAUCAUACCUUGAUUUGGCCCCUAGUUUCAGUGAACUGUCUCACAUGCAAGGUUAUCUAUGAUCGUGUAUGCUUGCACCGGGUAAGUUUUUCGGAUCACUAAAGUUUUCA